AUGAAGGUGAACGCGGGACAGACGGCGGGGAUGCAUGGGGCGAUGAUGCCGCCGCAGGCGGGAUCCAUGGGCGGCAUGCAGCUGGCCUACAUGCAAGCCGCGCAGCAGAUGGGGCAGCCAGGCAUGAUGCUGCCUGCCAUGCCAGCGGGCGGCGCGCUGCCUCAGAUGGUGAUGGCGCCGCAGCAGCAGGCGGGGUUGCCCGUGGCGGCGGCCGGGGCGCUGCCCAUGGGCAUGCUGGGCGGCGGCGGCGGCCUGCCAGACCCCUACGCCCCAGUGCCUCCAGCCACCAGCCCCACGCCCUUUGGCGCACCGGGCGGCGGCCCCAUGAUGGGCCUGGACCUGCAGCUCAACGGCGGCGGCUACGGCGGCGGCGGCGGCGCGCCCCCUGCCGCGCAGCUGUCUGGCGACGACAGCCAGGGCGGCGGCAGCCAGGGCGGCGACAGCAAGCACCGCAAGACGGCCAAGCAGCAGGAGGCCAACAAGAUAGCGCAGCAGCGGUACCGGGAGCGCAAGAAGCAGAAGUUUGUCGAGAUGGAGGCGCAGAUCUCGGUGCUGUCCAAGCAGCUGGCGGCGCUGCAGGCCCUGCAGAGCCGUAACCAGAUCCUGGAGGGGCUGAACGGCGAGCUGCAGACCCAGCUGAUGAGCAAGGAGAAGGAGGUCGAGCGGCUGAAGCUGGCGCUGGAUGUGUCGGCGGAGCGCAGCCUCAGCGGGCACAGCCACCCCUCCAGCCCCUCGGCAGACGGAGACCACGGCACCACCACCGCGCUGCGCGAGCACGGCGACGAGGCCAGCCACCCCACCACCAACGCAUGCGACCUGCUGCCCCAAGACAUGGCGGGCAUCGACUUCAAAAAGGGCUUUGCCGACCAGGUGGUGCGCCUGCGCGAGUUUGUGGAGCUGCACGGCGUGACGCAGGGCGCGGUGGCAGACCACGGGCUGACCCCGCAGCAGAUGCAGGAGCUGGGCAUGAUUGUGGCGCGCUCCUGCCAGCUGUGCCAGGCUGCGCUACGUGCCGAGGGCGUGCGCGUGAUUGAGCUGAUCAGCAAGGACCCAAGCUCCUUCUCAACAGUGGACAGCGCGACAGAGGCGGCUCGCUGGGCGCAGUGCCUGCACGUCAUGCACCUCGCCCCGGAGCAGCAGGAGGCCAUGUCGCUCAUGCUGCCGCACUCCAGCAAGAACCCGUCUGAGGACAACACGGUGGAGGGGCGCAUGCAGAACAUGAGCCAGGCGGGGUACCUGCACGUGGCCAAGUCGUCGGCGGAGCUGGGGGAUGUGCUGGACAAGAUCAAGGACAACCUGCGGCGGGAGCAGCGCGCAGUCAUGGACCUCAACUGCCAGCUCAUCUCCAAGAUCCUCACGCCACUCCAGGGUGCGCACUACAUGCUCAAGGCCUACCCGCAGCACUGCGACGCGCUGGCGCUCAGCAACACGCUGGCCAAGCACCUGGGGCGCGAGGAGUUCAGCGAGGGCGGCGCGGCGGCAGCAGCCGGCGCCGCAAAUCCCGGGAUAGCCUGCCAGGCAGACGGCGGCUGCUGCUGACGGCUUGCGAGUCGGCUGCGCCAGCAUGCGGCGUGGAAGGCUGGCCGCGCCGUGCAGGGCAUGGCCGCCAAGUGCAGCAGUGGGCAGCAAGCGGCUGCGCCGUGGCCGCCAGGCAGCUGGUGUUGCUGGUACGAGCAUAUGUCCCCCAAGAACCCAAGACAGUUGCUGAAUAAACAAGAAAGUGCUGCUGCUCGCUUUUCCGAACUGAGUGCCUCCACUCGUCUGUAUCUGCCUCUUCCAGUGUAUCUGCCUCGGCCACCAAGCAGGCAAUCCCCUGAUUGACUCCUUCAAAAUCCACUUCCACCUACCCUUCCUCUGUUGUCCCAGGUGAUUGGGCAACCAACUCCUGCACCUCCUUUUUGGCUGACUGAGCACCCCUUUCUUUCCCUGCAUUUAUCCCACCCCCCUUGCUCUCCACGUUGAAUUAAGCGUUGCCUAAG